AUGCACUUGGAAAAAAGAGUAUUGCAAGGAAAGCUUAUGAAAUGGUUGGACUCUUUACACUUGUUUCACGAAGAAGAGACAGGUGUUGAACCAAGUAGAAGUGAAAUCUUCAUUGCAUCCCGCAAGAGAUCAGAUGGAAGCAUGAUUUGUGAGGAAGCAAGACUAUGUGCAGAGAAGCUUAAAGAAGUUAUGAAUCAGAAUCUUCGGGACCAAACAUCAAGUAAUGAUGCCUUUGCGCAAGUUUUUGGUCUAGAGCAUCCAGGACGAGUUCGAUGCAUUGGGCGUGGUCUGACACCGUCUAAAUACUUCUCAAGUUUGGACUCUACAUCAUGCAAUGUGGAGAUCGUUGAGAUUAAGUCUGAACUGAAAAGUAUCGUAAAUAAAGUUGAUAUUGUUGCUAGUGCUCUUCAAGCUUUUAUUGGGAUCCACAUGCAACCAAUUUCAGGUGAAUGA